CCUGCGCCGGCCCGCUUGCAGACCGAAGUGGUUUUCGAAGGAAAUUGUGUAGUUUUUAGUAAGUUAUCUAGUGAAUUAUCCUGCCAGCUACUCCAAAAAGUGAUCCGCUCCAUCGACAGAGGACUGGUGCGUAGUAGAGGAGGUCGACGUCAGCCGUCAGGAUGAUGCACUACAAAAAGGGCAAAAAUGUGGAGCAAGAGCUGUCGCAGGAGCAAAUCCCGAUCGAGGUACUGCCGGAGCAAUUCCUGUGGAUGCACGUGAAGGGCGGUUCGAUGGUGAGCAAUCUUACGGAGUACGCCAAGAAAGCGCUUACCGAUGGCAGUCACCGAUCGGUCGUGUGGAGUGGUUCCGAUGGUGGCGUUGGAAAGACGAUAAGCUGCGCAGAGAUACUGAAGCGUGACUUUGAGCUGCACCAGGUGACACGGAUCUGCUAUCGAAAAGUGGAAGAGUUCUGGGACCCACAGCAGGAAGGUUUGGAGCAGAUAGUGGCCAAGCGGAGCAUUCCCUGCAUACACAUCCUCACAUCGCUGGAUCCGAUCGAUCCGGGAACACCGGGCUAUCAGCACUCUAAAUCGCAGACCGGAUUCUUGUUGACUGCCCCAGACACGGCCCCAGGAACGCCGGGUGGAGGACGGAAACGUCCUCAGCAGCAGCAGCAAGGUGGACAACGUAGAGCCCGUGGGGAGGGAGACAAAAAAGGAAAUUUCUUUACGGGACCACAGCUAACGAAGAAACCGAACCGACACUACGCCAACGGUAGGCAGGGUGACGAUGGUGAUGAAGAUGGUGCAUCGAGGAAUAAUGGCCAGCAGCAGCAGCAGCAGCAGCGGCGGCGUGACACAUCCGCUGGUAAAGGGAAGAAUGCAAAAGAUGGCGCAGGUGGUGGUGGUGGAGAUGGUUCGAAGAAAAAGUCCGGAAAACCUAAAGACGGCAACCGACGGAAACUGAACGAUGGCAACGAUGGUGCCGGACCGUCCCGGGAUCGGAGAGAACACCGAAAGGAGACAGGGGAAAGUGUCGAAAAGAUGGAUACGAGCGAUGGCCCAUCGGAGAAGCGCGACUAGAGCACGGCUCGAGGAUCACGUGUUGUGGAAGGGGAGAUACCAAAUACAAGGGAUGCCUCCGGGGUCAUAGAAAAGAAGGCGAACGUUUUUUAAAGGUAGUGUAUCCGAAAUUGUUUAUUUAGAUAAUUUAUUACUUUGUCCGUAGUAGCUGCGCACCUUCUUUUCACUUACUCUCGAAUGGAUUCCGAUACACGUUCCCCGGUAGUGAGAUAGGUACGGCUACUCCCAGCCAGGGAGCCCUCUAGGGGGAGAGGCAGUAAUGCAUAGUGAAGUGGAACGCGCAAAACGUAUUUUUCACACCUAGAACUCUCGUGUUAGGGCUUUGGUGGUGGUGGGUUCUGGAUUUUCCUGUUCUCUCUAGCACGCAAGGCGCAAUCGAAAGGGAUUUGAACUUAUCAAGAUAAAUUCCGAUUCUAUUUAGAGCGAUGUCGCGCGAUUGUCUAACGUAAACACAGUUCAAAAAGGAAUAUCAAAUACGCGCGCACCACGCGGCGGUUCCUCGUUAUUGCUUCUCAUUUGUUGGAGGACGUCCGCAAUGAUAGAGGGUAUCCUAAAUCGUUAACCUGAAUGUAACACGCUGUUGGUCAGUUUCGGUCAUCUGCUCCGUUCCCCGUACACGUUUCGAGUAAAUUCCAUGUUACCGAGGGUUCGAUUAUAGCAGGCGCUUCCCCCUGUCCCCUCCCUUCUUAUCUGCCAUAUCAUAUCGGCAUCUCUUAUUGUGUGGAUG